AACCCUGGCUUCCUGUGUUCCUGCUCUCCGUUGUCACCACAUGGGCCACCGGAUGAAAACUCAACACACCAACGUGGUUCUCCCAGGUUGUUGUGGUUUUACUCGAAAGUGCUCUACAUUUACCACUUUUUGAAAAAUAAUCAAACAUCAGGAAACAUGACAGAGGGUGGAAAAGCCGCGACGGCCAAAGCUCCCAAGGAGCUUCUGGCCCUGAACCCCGAAGAGGAGUCUGCGUUUAGGAAGAAGGUCCGGGCGGUGAAGAAGAGGCCAAAACAGUUCAGCGGUCUGAGUCCAGGUGUAGUUUAUGUCGCACAUCUGCCCAGAUCUCUUGGAGAGAAAGAACUAAAGAUAUACUUCCAGCAGUUUGGGAAGAUCUUGAGAUUGCGCCUGUCAAGAAGUAAAAAGACGGGUGGCAGCAAAGGAUACGCCUUCAUUGAGUAUGAAUGCGAUGAGGUGGCCAAGAUCGUUGCUGAGACCAUGAAUAAUUACCUCAUGCGAGAGCGGCUGAUCAAAUGUCAACUGAUUGCACCAGAGAAGGUGCACAUGAGUCUGUUUACGGGCUCAGAGAGGAAGUUCAAAGACCCCAUAUUUCCUGCCGUGAAGCGGUACAACAUGGUCCACACAGAGGACGGCAUAGCCAAGAUGACCGGAAAACUUCUGCGCAAGGAAUCCAAGCUCCGCAAGAGGCUGUCGGCUAAAGGCAUCGACUAUGAAUUCCCCGGUUUUUUUUCUCAGGUUCCAAAGAAGGAGAGAUCCGAGAAUGCUGACAUCUCAACUUGCAGCGACAUCACCCCGCUCUGCACACCCUCAGUCCUGGAGCGCAGAAAGUCUCAGAUCCAACCAAACAACGACACAGAUGAGGAAGAUGAAGAGGUCACCGUGAAGCUGCCCCUGGGCGAUGAAUAUGAGGAAGACAUCAGUGAGGAGGAAAUGGAUGAAAUCCUUGAGACAAAGAAGCCAUCAGAAGGAGACGAAGCUGAUUGA